CGGCUAGCAUUACAUGUCCAUGUAAGUGCAUGUAUUUGAUGCCAGUAUAGUGCUAACAUUCAGUGUACUUCAACCAAAUUAUUAUAUUACCAACAAAUAAUGAUAAUGAAAAUCAUUUACGUUAUACUUGGAAUAAUCUUUCUGGGGUGUGUAGAGUGUAAAAAACUGCCUUCAUUUGUGGAACAAUGUUACUACGAUCAAUCUAUGGAAGAGUGUAUCAUAAGAAAUAUAAAUAAAUUAAAACCUCAGUUUAAGAACGGCAUCCCAGAACUUGGAAUUCCUUCGCUAAAUCCAUUGAAAGCUCCAGGAGUUACUCUAGUAUCGGACCGAAACAUGAAGCUCGUAUUGAAAAAUGUAAAUAUAUAUAACAUCGACCAAUUCGAGUUGAAAGAUUUUAAGCAUUAUCGUCAUAAUCUGACUGACUAUUUUGAGUACUAUCUUCCCAAAAUUGAAUUGAGAUCGGAUUACAUCUUAAAAGGACAAUUUUUAUUGUUCAAUUUGGACACCAGCGGUAAAAGCUUUAUAACCCUUGAUGGUGUACAUGCCAAACAUUUCGUAAAAAUACAAAGAGUAAUGAAACAUGGAGAGCUAUACCUUAAAAUUAAUAAGACUGAAACCACAAUAGAAGUAGGUGAUAUACAUAUACAAUUCGAUGAUCUAUUCAAAAACAAUCCAGAGUUAUCCGAUAGUGCCAAUAAAUUGGUGUCAGAAAAUGCAAAAAGUUUAUUACCAGACAUGGAAAUGGUACCGAGAUUAUUUGCUGAAAUUGUAGGUUCUCUCUUAGAGAAAGUCUACAAUAAAUUUUCUUUAAAUGAACUUUUGCCUACAAGACCCCAGUAAGGUGUAAUAAACAUGUAUAUUAUGUAAUGUAUAUAACUUAUUUGUAAUAAAUAAUGCAAAUUACGGUAUUUAAUAAAUAUGACACAAUA